UCAUUGUGAGCCGCGACGCGAAUCAAGUUUUUUGCUGACUGCAGUAUCUUUAUUUUCUGUUGGCUAGAUUUGUAGAAUAAAAUAUAUUGUAAAACUGUUAAUUCACCUCACUGUUGUUUUAAGUUUGAAUCUCGGUGUAGUUUUCUGCUAAAAUGAACUUUAGGGGUGGUUAUACGUUUGAAGACAAUUCAGUUGACGACGUACCCAAUCCAUUCGAAGAUUUUAGUGAUUCCGGACACAGGAACCAACAGUACAACAAUGCAUAUGGUGAUUACCAGGGUGGCUACGGCCCCCCAACACGGUCAAAUAAAUCUAAGAUAUUCCAAGGCCCUGGGCCGCAAAGAAAUAAGAGGACUCCGGCUAUAUGGGGUAGGGGAUUUGGACCUAAUGGGCCACCAUUCACUUCAUCAACUAGAACCUAUGAAGAACGGGCUGUGAAAUAUUUAGUUCGGUGUGGCCUCCCAAUGAAUUCUGUAAAAAAUUUGCCUGCAGACCUUUUGGAAUUACUGCAACCCCAUUACUGUGGUUUAUGUGGUCAAAAUUUUGAAUCAUUUCAAAUGUCUCGUUCACAUUACAUUUCUAGAAGACAUGCGAAAAAUAAAUCAAAAUGGCUUGGUCAGCAUCAUGGAAAACCGCCUCAAGGGUUCAACGAGGCCUUUCAAGCACCAUUCCGAUCACGGGACAUGUACUGUGAACUAUGCGAUGUGCAGAUCACAUCGAAAAUCCAUGCUGAUUCUCAUUACUCUGGAAAAUCGCACCGCUCAGUGGUGGAUGGUCGCAAGAAGCCGAAGAACGUGAAUUUACUGAAGCCCGGCAUGGAGCGACGCAUCAUUAACUUAAUUCGUCGUGAGAAGAAAUUCCUGAAAAUGAGUGCUCAGGAAGCGCCAGUGGAAGUUAAGGAGCCCGCGAAGAUACAGUCGGACCUAUUCUGCGAGAUUUGCAAGACUUCAGUAACCUGCACAGAGCAGAUGACCUCCCAUCUGAACGGGAAGAGGCAUCUCCAGAAGGAAAAGCAAUACAUCUUGAAGGCUAUGCAAGGGGGAAAUCCUGCGCAAACUGAGUCAAACGAUGCUGAAAACCAAGUGGAAGACAAUGGUGACGCCGAACAAGAUGAAGGGAAUGAUGAUGUGGCUGAAGAAGCUGAGAAUGGUAGCAAAGGUGAAAAGGAAGCAGAUGAUGCAGAAAAUGAGGAAUGGGGUGAUGAAUGGGAUUAAAGUUGUAAACCAGUUUGCGUUUUACACAGGUUCAAGACCUUACUUUUGUUUUAAGUUACUAUAGUUUAUUUACUAUUCUAUCAAAAUGUAAUGUAUUAUGUGUAAUUUUUUUUUGUAUGGUGUGAAAAUUACAUAGUGAAUAAAUAAGUAAUUAGUACAUAACUA